CGGGAGCGGAUCGAGCUCAAUCGUCUUGUAAUACGCGAGAUUUUUAUUGUCAAGAGAUUGAAAUUUAUAAAACGUACGAUACGCGUGUAGAGGUGUAUUUAAUUUGGAAUUCCAUAUUUUUGUUUAUUUUUACCAAAGUUUUGAUUGAUUAGUAACUGUCUACCGACAACAUCGAUGAUACUUGUUGCGGUAUUACUCUUGGAGAACUAGGAAAUUAACGAUUGACCAGAGGAUAAUUUUUUGUUGAAACCGAGUGUGUUAUGCAGAAGUGAUCACAGAGUGUGUCCAGUGCCCUAACCACGCUGUGGAGCGUACAAAGUUUAUUUAUUUUAUAUAUUUGUUUUGGUUCUUGGUUUUAUGGUUUAUCUGCGAUUAAGUACGUACGAGGAUUAUAAUGUGUUUGGAGCAGUGAAUGUUGUUGAUACUUAUAACCAACAGACGUGAAUUGGUGACGGCAUUUAAGUUGAAGUGAAAGAGCAAAGUGCCUGCGGCAGGCAUCAAGGGCCACCGAGAGGGAAUAUAUAUAAUUUUUUGCCCUCUCUCUGUACGCUUGCCACUGCAGGAAGCCCUCCACCAACAUACGAAUACUCUUUUUUUGCUAAAAUCCCGACACUGUCUGGAUUGGAGCUGUGGUCCACUGACUGUCCGCUUGCCGUUGAAUUUUCAAUUGCCAUUGAAUCAUAAAUUUUUUUUUCCUGGUGAAUCAACCCUCUCACUUCGCCCAACAUUCCCGACCACUUGGGCUGAAUAUUUAUCUCUGCAAAAAGUGCGUGAAGAUUUGAUAUUAAACGUGUGACAGUGUUGCUUGGUUUGUUGUACGAUAUGUGCGAAAUUUUUGCCGCCGGAUUCACUCAGCCCGCGUAGUCGUAGCUAGGGGCCUCACCAUGGAGUGCGGCAAGGGUCGACGGAGAAGCCUGCUUGGCGGGCUCAUCCUUGCCUGGUUAUUCAUCAGUGACUGCAUCGUAGCUGCUAGAGACAGAGAGCGUUACGACACAGCGUACGAGUGCGAGGGCAAAACGCUCAAGAUUGAGUGUGGCGAGGGUGAAUUGAUACACCUGAUAAGAGCCAACUAUGGGAGGUACUCGAUAACGAUAUGCAAUGAACAUGGGAACACUGAUUGGAGUGUGAACUGCAUGUCGCAAAAGUCAUUCAGGGUGCUGUACGGCAGGUGCAAUGAGAAACAGAACUGCAGUAUAACGGCGUCAACGUCGCAUUUCGGGGAUCCAUGCCCAAACACCCUCAAGUAUCUUGAGGCGCACUAUCAGUGCCUGUCUGCUGCCACAACGACGACAACGUCAAGGCCAAGUCCACCGUGGCUGAUAACUUCACAGCCGAGUGUAUGGAGUACAGCGAGCCCAAGUGUCCGCCCACCAUCGAGGGCAACGAGUCCACCGUCCCAGCUGCCAGCGAUAACAACCCUCAGCCCGCCUGUGACAACACCCCUCAGUUCAACGAGCACAAUGAGGACGUUGGAUGAGAAUGACGAGGAUCAGGUUGAAUUGAAUCCUUCGAGGGGUAGUGGUGCACCAGUGGUGCCCACCCCCGAGACCACAGAGUCAACGACAGAGACUGGAUAUGCGUCGUGGAAAACGAGCAGAAGACCCAUAGUGUCGACCAGUAUUCCCUAUUCCGAUCCCAAUGCAAAUGGUAAAUGGUACGACUACAGCCGGUUGUACUGCCAGUCAACAAUGGCAAGGAAUCUCUUCUGGAAUGCCACGAGAACAGGUGACAUUGCUGUACAAAGCUGUCCAGGUGGUGCUAAUGGUGUGGCUAGAUGGCGAUGUAUUGCAGCUGAGGAUUCAGCCACCUGGUACAGGGAUUCCCCGGAUCUCAGCGAGUGUCGGUCCGUGUGGCUGUCAUCCCUCGAGACACGUGUCCAAUCGGGUGACAAGAUUCUCACAAUUAGUGAUGAUCUCUCUGCUGUUACCAAUAAUAGCAGAAUAUUUUACGGUGGUGACAUGAUGAUUACCACCAAAAUUAUAAAAAAUAUGGCGGAAAAAAUGAGCCAGGAUAUCAGCACUUAUCGUGACUCGAGUCAGAGUGAAUUCACGGUCACUGAGUUGUUGCAGGGUGUUGUUAGAACUGGAAGCAAUUUGCUGGAUAAAGCGCAAAUGGCGUCGUGGAAAGAUUUGAGUCACGAGGAUCAGAUGAGAGUUGCAACCUCGCUACUUAUUGGUCUUGAGGAGAAUGCUUUUCUCCUUGCUGGCACGCUACAUCAUCAGAAGACCAUUGUUCAGGAGGGGAAAAAUAUUUUAAUGGAGGUACGAGUAUUGGAAACACGAAAUAUUGACAAUAAAGUCGAGGUAUUUCCAUCUGAAUCAACGCGGGAUAGAUGGACAGCGUCGAAUGAUCGUGUUGAAUUAACAAGAAAAUCGCUAUUGGAGAAUAGAGAGGAGGGCCUAGUGAGGCUUGUUUUCAUGGCAUUUGAUCGGCUGGAAGAAAUACUUCAGCCACAGCAAGAGGAGUCUUUUGUUUCGUUGAACGAAGAUGUUAGACAGCGUAACAUCAGCAACAGGAUACUAAACAGCAAAGUCAUCUCGGCGUCGUUGGGUAAAGGACGUCAUAUUCAACUUUCGGAGCCAGUACGUGUUUACUUUGAGCAUCUCACCACGGAGAAUGUAACAAAUCCCACUUGUGUAUUCUGGGAUUAUGUAAUGAGUUCAUGGUCGGAGGAGGGCUGUCACAUACGUAAAACAAACGAGACACAUACGGUAUGUGAGUGCAAUCAUCUCACAAACUUUGCUGUACUGAUGGACGUGCACGCCGUGAAACUGGACAUGGCCCAUCAGGUCGCGCUACAAAUCAUCACGUAUAUCGGAUGUAUCAUCUCAGUGGUAUGCCUCGUGCUGGCCAUCAUGACAUUUCAGCUGUUUCGUGGACUCAAAUCUGACCGUACGACGAUACACAAGAAUCUGUGUGUGUGCCUUCUCAUAGCUGAGGUACUCUUCGUCUGUGGAAUUGGACAGACGGAUCAGAGGAUUGUGUGCGGUGUAGUUGCUGGAUUGCUACACUUCUUCUUCCUUUGUGCAUUUGCAUGGAUGUUCCUCGAAGGCUUUCAACUUUAUGUGAUGCUGAUAGAAGUUUUCGAAGCAGAAAAAUCACGAUUACGGUGGUACUAUCUGGUGGCUUAUGGCGGUCCACUGUUAGUAGUUGUAAUAUCCUGCAUCAUCGAUCCGUUGAGCUAUGGCACUGAUCGAUAUUGCUGGCUGAGGGCAGACAACUAUUUCAUCUUCAGUUUCGUUGGCCCUGUUAUCCUCGUUAUUCUGGCAAAUUUGGUGUUCUUAUCCAUGGCCAUAUACAUGAUGUGUCGGCACGCCAACACCACUGUCUCCAUGAAGAGCAAAGAGCAUUCAAGACUGGCUAGUGCAAGUGGAAAGGAAGAAAAUGCUCUUCCCAACAAAUUGCAAGCGCACUUGGCAUGGCUGCGCGGUGCAAUCGUCCUAGUAUUCCUGCUGGGACUGACCUGGACAUUUGGCCUUCUGUAUUUGAAUCAAGAGUCAGUUAUAAUGGCAUACAUCUUCACUGUACUGAAUAGCUUACAAGGGCUAUUUAUAUUUGUAUUCCAUUGCGUGCAAAAUGAAAAGGUGAGAAAAGAAUACAGAAAAUUCAUAAGGAGACACUCGUGGCUACCAAAGUGUCUGCGCUGCUCGAAGACAGUGACAGGCAGUUCAGGCGGUUCAACAGGGACAAGUGGUGGACCAGCUGGUGUUAACGGUGGAAAAGACUUUCCAUCCCACAAUACAUCAUCAAAUCCGUCAGCACCAACGACAGAUAGCUCUGGAUUAUCACCCCAUGCAGCAUCCAAUGUGGGUACACCACCAAACAAUCACAACAACCUGACAGCAUCAACUAAUAAUACGAAUCUUUCGAUAAAUGUGAACCUGAACAAUUUGUCACUGAGAUCGCCGAAUGGCUCACACCAGAUGCACAUGAUGGCACCUAGCAACCACAAUAGGCAUCACGGCCAACAAGAAUCCCUUGCUUUACAGUACUUGAUGUCUGGACGUGGAUGGCAAAACAACAUCGACAGACAACCAAUGCCGGUGGCGAACGAGCCCCGGGAGACAGCAUCGACGGAUGCACACGCAGUGGCAACUCUUCCACACUCUCGUCACGGCUUCUUUCCAUCCACCAAUAAUUUACCAAAAUCAGCCACUGCCACUUGGGGCCCUAUUAACAAAAACCUCAUGUGGAAGAACAUUUCUUUUAAGUCAUACUCCCGUGAUUCAGGCCACGGUGGUUCAGAGCAGGAGGAGUCACCCCGUACCCACAACACAAUGACCCUUGGACACACUGGUAGAACACGAGACAGGCGUCAGAUGAACGACAGUUUGGAAAUAACUGGCGUUAAUAGACCAUCGGGUCGUCGUGCUGCAUCGCCGUACAAUCAUACGUACACAGAGAUACGCGAUGGGGGUAGAGUGGGUGGUUAUCAUCAAGGACAUUUGAGGGGUCUGGUUGGGGAGGAUGAUCCGGUGUAUGAGGAAAUUGAACGCGGUGGAAGUGGAAUUGGUGUUGGUGUUGGUGAAAUUCAGGUGUCAGAUAUGUCGGAUGAGGAUGGUAGAAGGCAGAGCGAUAUGAGUAGACAGUCUUCGCGAAGUUAUGGGGACCAUAGACCUUUGAUACCGUACUCACCGGCCAAUGAUCGACUGAUACAUUAUGGCCAGUCGGUUGAUCGUAAUGCACUGCAGUACGAUCCAUCGCAGUACAGUCCAGCGCAGGAGAGAACGCUCAAUGCGUGCUGGGAAAAGUUGAGGAGACAGCAGGCCAAGUAUGAACUUGGUGAGAUGAAUCGUAUACCUGGUAAUUUUGGUAUGCCACAGCAGGAUCAUACGAGGACUGUUGCUGUUCUCGAUGGACACACUGUUGUCUGUCAUCUGCAGCCACAAACGGACAUGUACACUGGCCGUGGAGUUCCCCCACCGUCCUACAGCGAGUGUUGAAUAAUAUUACGAACAAAAUAAAAUCGCCUUUCAUUACUUUGUUGGCGUCCACAGCUCAAUAAUAAUCGCCGUUCUAGGUGAAGCGAUUUAUUUUCCUUUUCACUACUUCAACGACUUUAUUAACGUCAUUAGUUUUUCAUUUCUUUCUUCGAAUUUGUUUUUUUCGCGGGCCGAAAUCUACGGGGAUUUGAAAACAACGUAUUUGAGACUGGUUUGGAGACGUGUGAGGAUCCUUGGGAUAGUUCUUGGGGGAGAGACCAUUGCGGCUCUGUUGACUCUGAAUAGGUUUUCAUUUAUUUAACACUUUUCUAUUUGCUUUUUUGAUGAAAACUGGAAUGACAGUUUGAAAUACAUAUCGUUUAUUGAAUUAACGAAACAUGAGAGAAAAACCAAUUAUUCGGUCGAUUAAACGAUUGAAAAUUGGAUUGGAAAGCAAUUUUAAAUUUAAUCCAUGUAACCAUUGUCAUUCGACUAGUCGUGAUUGGGAAAUGAAAUUUCCCAAAAAUUCGUUUUCGUUUUUCUUUUUUUUUUAGUUUCGCUCGUAUGCAAGAGUCAAUCACAACUGCCAUUGUCAUAAUCAUUGUCAGAUUAAUUUCCUCCAGAUGCUCUCCCAGUAUCAAUUGUACAUUAAAUUUUUGGAACGUUGCGUUUUUCAUCCCGAAAUGUUAUUUUUAUAAAUAUAUGUAGAAUGAUAUGUAUAUGUAUUGUAUACAAUAACGUUGUACUAACGAGGAGGAAAGAAGGAAGAAUAAUGAAAAAUGUGUGAAGGAAUGAUGAAUGAACGCAAUGGAUCAGAAGUGAUUGAAAAAAAAAUAUAUUCAUAAUUAGAUAGUGCGAUUUUUCGGAGCGCCGUAUUCUUUUUCGUUGAGACGGCAAAAGCGAAACUUAGUCACUGUUUUUUUUACUAUAUUUUUUAAAUAUAGAAAAAAUAUAUCCUAUUCGCGUCUUAAACACUCGAUUUAAUAAAUUAAAAGAAAAUAAAAAUUUCGUGCCCUAUUUAUUUUUUACAUAUCGCAAUUUUUCUUUUCUUUUACUACUGUAAAUUUUUCCUCUCGUACUGGCAAUUAUAUAUAGGUCCAAAACCUCUUAUUUACAAUUGUAAAAAUGAAUUAAUCGAUGCUAGUGCGAGACUGAUUUUUUUUCUUUCGGGCAUGCAGUCAAUUUGAACAUAAAUACGAAUUUAAAAAAGUAAUAAUUAUUUCAACACUAUUUAUUUUCCGCUCAUUGAUCGGAUUUUUUGUAAGAAAAAAAAAUACACAAGAGGAAGGGAAAAAAUACUGCAUUUACGGCAAUCCCCCGCAAGCUCGGGUGAAUUUAAUCAUCCUAGCGAAUUUAUAAUAGUUAAUAACCACAAUCGAGUUACGGCCGUGUUAAGUGUAUAAAUGUUCUCCUUUUACUCCCAAAUCGUUAAUCUCUCCCCCUCCCAAUCUCAGAAUAUUUCUGCAAUAAAUUUAAAUCAAGACAGUUGUAAAGAUGAAAUCCUCUAGUAUUUGGUCAGAGACAAAAGCACAUACAUGGGAGUAACUAUUUGGACAUUUAAAUUGUAAAUGUUUGCUAAUUUUGUGACAAUUGGAGGGCAAACUCAAUGCAUUUGAAUCAUGUGUUACAAAGGGAACACAAUUUCUUUAAAAAUAUGUGCACGCAAAAAAAGGAAGACAAGUAGUCAAAACGAAAUAAUAAUAUGUAUCACAUUCCGCGAUUCCUUGCCACAACAUGACAACUCUGGGGCUCGAAAAAUCAUGUACGAAAAAAAAAAAUUACAAAAGAGCCUGAUAUAGUGAGACUUUAAAAUGGAGCAAGAAGAAAAUCUUCCUUGUUUCCCAAAUUGAAUAAAAAAACAUAAAUGAGAGGAAGUAUUUGACUGGAGGAAUGAAAGUGCGUGUGAGAGCAAGUGAGAGCAAAACGUUACUACGUUUUUUUAUGUUAUUAUAAUUAUUGUAGUUACUUAUCCUCGUUAUCCUUCGAAGAAUUUAUUUCGAAAAGAAGAAAAAAAUUAACGUAAAAAGAAAACAUGGAGAGAAAAGAAAUGAAUUUUUGUACAUAAUGUAUAUAAUGCUUUGUACAUGUUGAGUACUUGUAAUGUAAAUCAGAUGAAAACAAUGAUUGAGGAUGCAUUAAAAAAUAACUAAAUGUGAGAUACUUAUAAGGAGAAGAGACUAGUUUAAAUAGCCCAAUCUGAUUCAUUGAAAAUACUAAGAAAAACAAUGGAAAAAAAACAUACUACAAAAAAAACAAUUGAUGUGAGGACAUGAGUAUAAGAUUUUAACUUAAGUCUUGACAUAGGAAUGUAAAUAAAUUAAGCAAGGAAAAGAAUAAACAAUUAAAACUGCCCAAAUAACUAUUGAAUAUUUUUUUUUAUUAUUUAACUAGUAUGCAAAAAAAUACAAAAAAAAAAUACAAAAUGCAAUUGCUUCAGUAAAAAAACACUUCCGUCUUAAGUCUUCUUUUAUAUCGUAAAAGGAUGAAAUGAAAUAUUUGAAAGAAAAUUGUUUGGCACAGGAAACAACAGUUUCUGUUCAUGCGCAGGAGAAUGAUUAGAUCAGAUGGAAUAAAUAAAUGUGUACCAAUCUUUAAAAUGGCUAUUAAAAAAUAUUUAUUUCAUA